GAUCUUAAAAUAGGUCGCCGCUCUACAACUCCCGUCGCGCGCCCAGCCAAGCCUUCGGACGGGCGCUCGUGUUAUUUCCGAGCUCAGAAAGCCGGAGUCCCUGCGUCAAAAGAUGAGUCGCUCCUCUCAUUGGCUGUUCCGACGAAGACGCGUCGCACCCCAAACAUUGCGGGGCGUGACCAAUAGCCAAGCCCGAUGCGAAGAUCUCGAGAGAGUUGAUCUGAAGCUGGCACCGCCAUGUUGAAAUAGGGAGAGGCCACAGCCAGUUUAUGUCGUUCUUCGGAUUUUUUUUGUUUUUGAAAAGGAACGCGAAGAGCUCAAGGAAGCAUUUGGAUCGACGCGUGUCUUAACUUGAUUUGCUCCCUCCCAGAAAUCCCGGUGGUGUUAAAGAGGCAGGCGGAGGGGACGGCAACAAGAGGAUGGUGCAGUCCUGCUCUGCCUACCGUUGCCGGAAUCGAUACGACAAAGAGAAGCCCAUCUCUUUCCACAAGUUUCCUCUCACAAGACCUGAUCUCUGCAAGAAAUGGGAAGCUGCUGUUAGAAGAAAAAAUUUCAAACCAACAAAAUAUAGCAGCAUUUGUUCUGAACACUUUACUCCAGAUUGCUUCAAAAGAGAAUGUAACAACAAGCUAUUAAAGGAUAAUGCUGUACCAACAAUAUUUUGCCACACAGAACCAAAUGUGAAGUCUGAAGGCACACAAGAACCACCUGAAGUACCAACGCCCCCUUCUCCUUCACCUCCACCACCUCCGCAAACGUACCCAAGAUUGGUAGAUCCAAGCAUUGGAUUAUUGAUGCCACCACUUCACACUCCCAAUAAUAUUGCUGUAUUUUGUGAUCACAACUAUACCGUAGAGGAUACUGUGCAUCAGAGAAAAAGAAUUCAGCAACUGGAAGAGCAGGUGGAUAAACUGAGGAAGAAACUUAAGACUGCCCAGCAGCGAUGUAGGCGUCAGGAAAAACAGAUUGAAAAACUACGAGAGCUUGUUCAGUUUCAGAAGGAAAAAGACGUGCUGUCAGGCAAAGGUGGUUAUGUGAUUCUGCCUAAUGACUAUUUUGAAAUUGUAGAAGUCCCUGCCUAGAAGGCUAGCAUUGUCAUUUGUGGGACACUGCCAAAGUUAGCCUCACCAGACUAACCCACCUGUUCAGUUUAAAAAAGCAAGACUUUUUAGUUCUGUAUAUUAAAUACUUCAGCCCUUCAAAACAAUAAAAGUUGGUAUAUAAUCA